AUGCUCAGAAGAAAAGUCCUGUUUCAUCAAGAUAACGCCCGUGUUCACACGUCAGUACAGUCAAUGGCUGAAAUUCACAACUGUGGCUUUGAACUGUUACCGCAUACGCCGUAUUCACCUGAUCUGGCACCAUCAGACUUCUUUCUGUUCCCUAACCUAAAAAAGCACUUGGGAGGUCAAAGAUUUUCGACAAACGACGAGGUCAAAGCAGCUGUAGACGCAUAUUUUGACUUUAAGGAAGAAUCAUUUUUUUUCAACGGUCUAAAUGCUUGGAAGGGGAGGUGGCAAAAGUGUAUUGAACUUGAUGGUGAUUAUGUAGAAAAAUAA